AUGGCACAAUUGGGUGGUUGGAGACCUUUUUUGACCCCUCGACGAAGCAAAAAGAGUGAUUCACUAGUGCCUGCUGAUACGUCAAGGGUGUUACUCCCAUGGGAGCAAAGCGAUUGUAUACGGCUUGGGGAGAUCAAGAGGAAGAAAGACUUUGGAAGAAUAGAGAUCAUUAAUGAGAAAAUGAUGAAUUUUGUCGCUGGACUUGAGUUGCAUACUGGUGUUUUCAAUGCAGAGGAGCAGAAGGUGAUAGUUGACACUGUGUACGAGCUUCAAAAGAAGGGAAAGGAAGGAAAAAUUAAAGAAACUCUGAAAUCUCCAUAUGCUAUCUUGCACCUAAGACAGGGUGGUAUAGGAUGGCUGAAAAGUUUUUACUAG